AUGAAGUACGGUGUAACCCUCCUCCCCAGUUCCUUUGAAUCCUUCCGUCGCCACGUUCGUCUUGCCGAGGCCGUCGGCUUCGACUAUAUCGGCGUCGCGGAUUCCCAGUCCCUCUUUCGCGAACUCUUCGUAUCGCUGGCCGUGGCGGCCACCGAUACCUCCCGCGUCCAUCUCGGCCCGUCGGUCACCAAUCCGCUGACCCGCCAUCCCGCGGUGACUGCCUCGGCCAUUGCCUCGCUCCACGAGCUAUCGGAAGGCCGGGCCUUCCUGGGCAUCGGCACCGGUGACAGCGCGAUCCUGAAUCUCGGCCUGCGGCCAGCCCGCCUGCGCGCCCUCGGGGACUACGUCGCCGCCGUCCGCGCCUUCCUGGCCGGCGAACACGCUGAAUAUCUCGGGCGCGAAGCCCACGUCCGCUGGAGCAGCGAACCCGUGCCCAUCAUGAUGUCCGCCGAGGGCCCGCGUACUCUGAAGAUGGCCGGCGCAAUCGCCGAUCGCGUCAUGAUCCACACCGGACUCACGCCGGAAAUACUGGCCGACACCGCAUCGCGUAUCCGCGAAGGCGAGACCGACGCCGGCAAGGCGGCCGGAUCCACUGAAGUCUGGGCUUUCGCCAAGUGCAACAUCGCCGACGAUCAUGCCGCAGCCAUCAACGAAAUCCGCAUGGCCCUGGCCGCCAGCGCGCACCACGCGUUCCGUUUCACCCUCGAAGGCAAGCACGUCCCGCCGGAACUCCACGAGGCGAUGCAGAUCAUUCAGGGAGAGUACGUCCCCGCCGAGCAUGAGCAGGUCGGCCAAACCCGCAAUGCCGCGCUCUCCGAUGAGCUCGGCGUUACCGACUACCUCGCCGACCGGUUCGCCGUCGUCGGCACCCCGGAAGAGUGUCGAGCCAAGGCCGCGCAGAUCGCCGCAUCCGGCGCUGACGUGUUGCAGAUUACCGCCAUCAGUCACGACCCGGCCGACAUCAUCCGUCGCUUCGGCGAGGAAGUCAUCGCCAAAAGCUAA